CGAAUGUUUUAGUGUGUCGCUGGCCAUCGUGUCCUAUUUACCUCACGUAUCACCCAACUGAAGCGAGUGCCGAAAGCGAGACGAAAAAGCUUCUUCCCGCCCAGUCAGCUGCCGCCCGCCUUACGCCGCACGCGCAUCUAAACUCAGUUUUCAGAUCAUAUGCAGCUGCUUUCGAAGGCGUAUGAACAUUAGAAAAAAUGUCGUUUAGAAACUAUUAUGACUCUACGACGUACAAAAGAAACAGAGACGCACCGAAGUCCAGUAGCAACAUAUCAACAGAACGACCUACGACUGUCACUGCCAAAUAUACUACAACUUCCAAUUAUAAAUCGUCAAGCAUUCCGGUGCUCUCUGACCGCGGAUCUAGAGAAGAGACACCCAUAAGCACAAUUGCGAACAGAUAUGCUAAUUACAAUAAAACUGCUAAUGAUAAAACGACCACAACAAAAUUCGAAAAGAAAGAUUAUUCAAAACUAGCGAUUCCAACAAUUACAACAAAUAGAAGUAGAGAUGUAAGCCCUGUAUCAACUUCAUCUAAAUAUAGUCUUUCAAGACAUUCUCGUCACUCAAGCCCUGAGAGAAAACUAACGAAAUCCUUUAAAGAUAAAAGUCAUGAUAAUUUAAACAUUGGUGAACGUGACAAAGACAUUCCAACAAAGACUGAAAAGUCUUCAGGCUAUAACAGCCUGUCGAACUUCAAGCUUUACCCCCGUCCUGGAAACUACACUCGCCCUUCAUCUAGGACAGAGCCUAAAUCAGAUAUUAGUAAUUACCCUCGUGCUUCUACCAGAUCAGACAUUAAGCCCGAAGUAACUGUUAACAGAUAUGCCAUAGCUAAUCGUCUGGCUACAACAUCUUAUUUAAGGAGUCCCACGCCUAUUAAAAGAUCAUCACUGUCGCCUGGUAGCCACAUAGACAUAAAAAAAACUGUAAGUGAUAAGCCAGUAACUCCAAUUAUAGUUGAAGAAAAACCUCAGUUAUCUACAAUAACAGACGUAUACAAAUCAGACAAAGAUAAUAUUAGUAAUAAUGAUGACGAUGAUGGUGCCGAGACAAUAACAGUAGUAACUCGGCACACUUCACCUACACCUCCAGGUUCGUCAUCGUACGUAAGAAUAAGAAGAGCGGAUUUGGCAAAAACAAUAGAGAGAAUUAUAACGAAAAAGAAAAUACCGCCGGAAACAGCUGAUAAGGGAAUUCAGUCUGAUAGAUUAGAUGAUACCACAAGGUCGAGUAGAUUUGGAAGUACAAGUAGAACCAGCGUUACUAAUUGGACUUAUUACUCUCCGAGUGUCAAUAAUUACACAGGUUACGCAGGUCGAUAUUCUACACAAUAUUCUAGUUUAAGAGAAAAUUCAUAUAGAGAUAGAGAUCGAACGAGUCGAAGUCGAAGUAAAGAACCGGCAAAUCAAGAAGACCACAAUUCAAAUUCUCAUUCAGAGAAUAAUAUAGAAUCGACAAGAAGUAAAGCAUUGGCAGACAGUAGCCAGGAUGUCAUUAAAAUAUAUGACAAUAAUAAAGAUGCUGAGACGUCUGAAAUCAUUAUAAAUGUUAAUUUAAAACUGAAGAAGGCAAAGAGCCCCUCUGCUGCCUCAUUGUCUGACCUUGUUUCACCUGAAAUAAUAAUAUCCAACAGUCAACUUCCCCCUCAAGCACCAAAACCAGAAUACCAAGUGAAGACUAAAAAAAUAAAAAUGCGUAAAUCUAGUACAGAAGAAUCUUCAGACUCGAAUAUUUCCAAAAAAAGUGUUAAGAAAAGAAGUAAGUCCGUAAGUUCCACUGAUUCAGAAAAAAGCAAUGAUAAGAAUAUUCAUUCAAAUAAUUGUAAAUCAGGGAUCUCUAAAAAUUUAAAAAAGAGUGUUUCAAGUACCAAGCUAAAUUUCCCUUUAAAGACUGGUCAACAAAAUACCCCAGAACGUAAGAGUUCUGAUUCCAGUUUGACUUUGUCGUCAUCAAUAAGUGAGGACGAAAAUACAUGUAAUUCAAAAAUAAACGAUACAUUUAAGUCUGUUGACACAUCUCAAACGGUAGACAUAUCAACAAAAACUGACUCGUCCACUACACUACAACGAAAUGAAAGUUAUACAGAGGAAGCAAAAUCAUUUCUUAUUCGAGCAUUAGCACCAGUUACUAAUCAUUUUAAACUAAGACAUCAAGAAGUUGUUGGACAAGACGUGUCCAGUAAGGACAGUUACUCUACGAAAAAACAUUGUAAGACCGAUGACAUUGUUGCUUCGAAUGACGACAACUAUGUAAAAUUAAAAGCCAUUAGACAUGUUGAAUCUGGCGAGAGAUCUAAAUGGCUUGAGUCGGUUAAAAAUAAUCAAGCCGAAAGUCCACAAAAACAGCUAAGGAAAUCAGAUAGUAAUGAUUCGAGACGUUCUUCUAAAAAAUCUUUCUUUGUAGAUGAAGAAACUCCUUGGUGGCUUGAUAGUAAUGCAAACAUACCUGAAGGAAUCGAAAGAUUAACUCCACCUCGAAAAUCAUCAAGUGAUGAUGAUAGGAAUGAACAGUGUACCUAUUUUAAAGUACGGCAUAUUGAGUCUGGAGACCAAAGGGACUGGAGGUUAACAAGUAUUGAUAAUGUAUCAAAAAGCAAAUCUGAUUUGCCAAAUAGUAUUUGCAACUCUAGUUCAGAUCCCCGCUCGUUUCCAAUACGGCGGAUCCGUCAUGUCGAGUCAGGAGAGCGACCUUGGUGGCUUUCAAGCAGCAAGAACAUUCCAGAUGGUAUUGAGAUACUACCGCCUCCACCGUCGCAAGAUGAAUCUGACUCUUCUGACUCUGAUAUAGUCGAAGUAUACUUGCCGUCAGCACAAAUACCACCAUUUCCACUACAUUUGCCUGAUGACGAACCUCUUGGCGAUAGAAGAAGUCCAGAAGGCCUAGAAACGCCAAUUGAAAAUUAUAACGGUCGAAGUUCACCUUACGAGAAUAAUAAUCAUAACAGGCAACGUUCCCGUAAUAUGACGUCUCGGAAAGGUGCACAAGUGUAUAUAUCACGUUAUACUGAUAUUGAUGACAUACUUGGAAUUUCGGGGCAGAUAUACAGCCCUUUUACGGAUUCAGUAUUAACGAGACAAGCCAGCAAUUCUGACGAUGAUGAAUGUGAAGAAAUCGACGCCACCCAAGUAAAAAUCCAUGACAGCACAGCGCAGAUGCCUGUUAUUAGAAAAAUGAAUACCAGAAUCGAGCUAGACGACUAUGAAAAUGAAGAUCAGUUAGAUGAUGCUACGCUGCAAGUUUUCAAGGACGGCGACUAUGGGCCUUAUUUGGACAUUGAUUCCACUCUUGCUGAACAAGAUGAGGAGCUGGAAGGCUUACAAGACAAUCGUAAGAACGCCCUCGUAUUACGCACCCAGCUUUCUGUCCGAGUUCACGCGAUAAUUGAACGGCUUAUUAAUUCACAAGGAAAAGAUCUCAGGAGAGCCCUGUUCGCUGUUAAACAAAUGAUGCAGUCGGAUAAAGACCUGGUACAUGAGUUUGUGGCUAACAAUGGGCUCGAUUGCCUCAUGCAAGUCAGCGCUAAAGAAGAUCAAACAUACCUCGACUACGUAUUGAGAACAGUGGGACAGAUUCUAAUUUACGUAGAUGGGAUGCAUGGCGUAAUGAAUCAUAAAGGUUGUAUCCAGUGGUUAUACUCUCGCAUUGCUAGUAAUUUUCGAAUGAUCGUAAAAACGACAUUAAAGUUGCUGUCUAUCUUUGUGGAAUAUACUGAAACGAACAGCCUCCUUCUCGUCGAUGCUAUAAAUUUUGUGGACAAGUCUCAUAACCGGCCACCAUGGUACAACGUCAUGAAAAUUUUACAAGAUUUCGAUGCGUCAGAUACUGAACUAUUAAUAUGUGCAAUGAAUCUCAUUAAUCUAUGUUUAAUAAAUAUACAAGACAGAGAUGUGUAUUAUGACCAGGUUGAUGUUUUACAAGAACAAGGUAUAGAUGAUAUUAUUCAAAUGUACAUGUCAAAACAAGGAACUGACUUAGAUCUUUUAAGACAAUUACAAAUAUUUGAUGCUGUGCUGUUAUAUGAAGAUGGUGAUGAAAGUGGUACUGCAAUUAAACAAUUAGAUGAGUCUAUAAUUAAAUCAAUGAGAAGGCGAAGUUUAAGUAUAACCAAUACAGACAGACGAAAAUCAAAAAAGUAUCAAGUAAAGGAGAAAGCGAAUCAAUCAAGUGUAAAUAGCAUGGAAACUGAAAAUACUGUAACUAACGAUAUGAAACCAACACAAGAAAGAAAGAUACUACCGUCAAUCAGAAACAACAGUGAGUGCAUAGAAAUAAAAACAUCUAUAAGAAAACGUCGCGAUCGAUUUGCUCGACAACAUCACCAUAUAAAUCAACAAGAAGAACUACUUAACAACUUGAGUAAUAUUUAUAAUGGCUCAUUGGGCACCAAAGCUGAAGAAAAUCGUAAUGGCCAUAAAUACGAUAUAAAUGUCACAGAAACAAAUAGAUUCACAGAAGAUGCAUCCUAUAACAAAACGACAAAGUUUAACAAUUUGCCGGAUGUUUUAAUAAAUGGAAACCAAAGAUAUACAAAUGGUCUUACACAAAGGAUGCAGAAUGGUACGUUAGGUCAUAGUGUUAACACAAAUGAUAAUUUAGCAGCUGUACGUCAAAAACAAAUUGACGUGACACCUGAGAAGGACGACAGAGUAUUUCUUGUCAAUCGGGAGAAUAGAUUUAAAGAUAUUUCCCAAAGAUUAACAAGCUCUUCAAAUCAUGUCUCCGAAGAAAAAUCUAAAUUGGCUGGGAUAGUAUCAAAAGCAAAAGAAGAACUUGCAAAAUCACAAUCGAAAGAAAUAAUCAAAAGUUCAACAAUCGAGAAAUCUUCCAAGUUGCACGAGAUUAAAGUAUCUGAAAAUGACCUCCACUGGGAAGAACUACGGAAAACUUGCCUAAAUCGAGAAUUCCAACUGUGUGAUCUAGAUUUCUCAGAUUUAUUACAAGAUUCUGAUGAUGACGUUAUGUCAUCUUCAGUAAAUACAGCGAACGGUCCACCGCCUCCUCCACCCUUUAUGUUACCAUCAGUUGGUCCUCCACCGCUCCCAGGAUAUUUCUUCCUAGCACCACCAGCCAACGGUUCGCAAAAUCAGUCAAACCUUGCGGAGGCGUCAAUGGAGACUGAUACUUCAACUAUAAAGAAGAACAAGAAAACAGUUAAAUUAUUUUGGCGGGAAAUUCAAGAUAACCCAAUACCACCGACAGUAAGGCCCCGAGUGGGUGGAUUUAUUUGGGAUGAUUUACCUCAGGUCAAUAUUGAUUCAGCUAUGUUGGAGCACUUAUUUGAAUCGAGAACAAAUGAUUUAAUAAUUAAGGAGAAACUGAUGGAACCAAAGAGAAAUCUAAUAUUAGAUACAAAAAGAUCUAACGCUAUCAAUAUUGCGAUGAAGAAGCUUCCCACGCCCCAAACAAUAAAAGCAGCGAUACUGAAAAUGGAUGCUACGGUCAUUGGAAGAGAAGGCAUUGAAAAAUUACUGACAAUGCUACCGACGGAAGAAGAAAAAGUAAAGAUUCAGGAAGCGCAGUAUGCCAAUCCCGAUUUACCACUUGGUAGCGCUGAGCAGUUUUUACUUACACUAGCAUCAAUUAACGAACUUUCAUCGAGGCUGAAAUUGUGGGUCUUCAAGUUAGACUUCGAUAAUUUAGAGAAAGAAAUAGCCGAACCCCUUAUGGAUCUGAAGCAAGGUAUUGAAUUAUUGAAAGACAACCGAACUUUUAAAGUUAUACUGUCCACGUUGAGGUCAGUGGGAAGUUUUUUAAAUGGAAGUCAAGUGAAAGGUUUCAGACUGGAAUACUUAUCUAAAGUGAUGGAGGUGAAAGAUACCGUUCAUAAACAUCCAUUACUGUAUCAUAUUUGUGAAAUGAUAAUUGAAAAAUUCUCCGAUACUACGGACUUUUUCAGCGAGGUUGGUCCAGUCAUCCGAGCAUCGAAAGUAGACUUCGAUGUUUUGAGCAACAAUCUACUUAAGUUAGAAACAGAUUGCAAGGCUUCCUGGGAUCACUUAAAGAAGGUUGCGAAACACGACGGCUCACAAAUAUAUAAGACAAAAAUUAACGAUUUCAUAACAGAUGCAGCUGAAAGGAUAAUAUUACUUAGCGUUAUUAAGAAAAGGGUGAUGAGCAGAUAUAAUAAAUUCUUGUUAUACCUCGGUGUACCACCAGCCGAUAUUGUGAAGACUAGGCCUUCGGAUUUCCUCAAAAUAAUCUCUGAGUUCGCUUUGGAAUACAGAACGACCAGAGAAAGAGUCAUACAGCAGCUGCAGAAGAGAGCAAACCAUCGAGAAAGAAAUAAGACAAGAGGAAAGAUGAUCAUUGAUAUCGAAAAGUAUUCAACGAAGAGUGGUGAACAAACAAAAGAUAAUGCACUUAAGCAACUGCUCCAGGAUACCAACAUACUCACAGAUGGAAGACGCAGAAAAUUCACGAGUCCUAGGAAUAAAGAAGUUAAUGGUGACAUGUCUGCUGAUGAAGAAAUAAUUGAAAGUUUAGUUCGGUCUGCGACAUCGAAACUUAGUUCCAAAGCAAGAAGCAGAAGAGAAAAUAGGCUCAGUGACAAGAAAAAUUUUAACAGAACCUUAGAUGGUCACCAGUCCUGGCCUGGAAGAGAAGGCAAUAAUGGGUCCAGUAUAAAUAUACAACAAAGAUAGACGGGAAACUAGAAUGUUGCGAAUCUCAAUGACGUUGAUCGUUAUAAUAUUAUAUCUUUGUGAUUUUUAUGUACCUUUGGUACACGUCAUUAUAUGUUUAUUAAUUUAGAAUUAGAUAGAAAAUGUUCUAAUUUAGGAUUAAGAUUAUCAGAAAGACUGUCAGGACAGAAUGAUGAGAGAAAUUCGAUCAAAUCAGCGCUAACCCGCACUAGUACGCGACUGUGUUAUUCAGACGCUGGCUGUAAUUCACGGAUGCAGCCUCCAGCGUGAUCCUAUUUUUACUAUUAAGUGUGCUACUACCCAAUUCAAAUAACAAGGGCUUCCUUUUACUUCACUGUCACGCGCUUGUUAACGUCGUCCAAUUAACUUGUGUGAUAUAUCCUUUUGUGAUAUACCUUAUAAAGGAUUUAACUUAAUAAACGUCAUUUUGUAAAAUUGUAUUAAUCUACCACUCAAAUUAACUGCGCGCAUAUUACUUACCAAAAGGUCUGUUUUCUACAGCUUUUUCCCUUCUUUCAUUCUUCUUCUACCACAUUGUUACAGCAUUCAUGUCCGCUGUGUGUAGGAAACAUUUCAAAUUUCAAUCAUUUGAUGUGUAUUCUUGAAGAUAUUUUUGCCGCGCAUAAAUGCGUGUAAGUCUUGGUUACCCACGCCAACACAAGUUGUCGGAUAGAAAAUGCCUGGGGAUGGUCUGAGAUCAAUUUUUUUUUGUGGAUUGCCCAACUCAUGUACAAAUAGGAAAACUUCGAUUGCGAUUACAAUAAUGUAUUUUAUGAGCAUUGAAUGCCAUUUAGUGAUUUCAAAUUAUAAUUGUGUUUCUAUUAAUUAAUUGUGUUACUCUAAUUAUACUACCAGAUUCUUGAGAUUCAAGAUAGUACCAAUAUACAGUUAAUGCUUGUUUGUAUAAUGUAAUAAAUAACUAUGGAUUAAAUAUUAAAAGAUGCAAGAUUAA